AUGCAUCAAGUCAACGACCAGAACGUAAGUUUGUUAAUGUUGGCCUCUUUGAAUGGAUAUGAUGCGGUUGUACGUGUCUUACUUCAUUAUUGUCCUACCCAAAUCAACCAAACUGAACUGAAAGGAAAUGUACAAAGCAUUAAUGGAGACUUAAUACAUAAUGCAACAGCUUUGUGGUGUGCUCUUGAUCGAGCGCAUUUUACAGUUGCACAAAAUUUGAUUAGUCUGGGUAAAGCGAAUGUCAAAAAUGGUCCAACUCAUUCACUUUUAAUUGAUGCUAUCAUUAGAAAUAGAUUCGACAUCGUUCGUUUUCUGAUUGAGAAUGGUUAUGCCGACGUCAAUGAAACAACGAUCAGGGGUCUCAACAAGAAUAGCGGUCUCUUGAUAGCUGCUGCCCAUGACAAUACAGAAAUUAUGGCCUAUCUCAUAGAAAAAGGUGCCAGCAUUGAUUAUAUAACGACUUACCACAGAAACACACCACUUUCUACUGCUGUUAUAAAAAGACAUCUAGCAUCAGUAAAAUUAUUAUGUAAGGCGGGAGCCUCUACUAGUGUGAAAAAUCGUUAUGGACAAACUCCACUGACAUUAGCAGCAGAGAGUGGUCGAUUAGAUAUAAUGAACGCUUUACUCGAGUAUAAUCAUGACGAAACUAUUUUUGAUGAUCUUGAAUUAUUUGCUGCUUCCUAUUUAGCCUUCGACAAUUUUAUUGGACCCCACGAAUCUGAGAAGAUGCUGAAUAUUUUACGGCAAUCAAUACAAAGCCGUCUACUAUUUAACAUACCGAAAAACGUUGCUGAACCUAUUGCUGCUUAUGAUUUUUAUAAAGAAUGUCAAUCCAUCGAUGAAUUGAACCAGAUUGAACAUGAUAAUAAUCGGUUAUACAUUGAAGCUUUGCUUAUUCGAGAACGAAUUCUCAAGCCUAGAAAAAGUUUAUCAUUGUUUACGCCUUUACUUGAUCGAGUAAUCUUACUUGUUGAAAAGAAGGAGUUCGAUCGUGGAUUACAUCUUGCAUUUCAUACAUUUCAUCUUUAUCAACAAAUGAGACUUGAUACAAAUCUCCAUCGUUUUGUCUGGAUUUUCUGCAGGAUACUUACCGCAAACGUACCUUUUCCAGUUGAUCAUUUUUUGAAAGCAUGCAAUCUGAUCUUUGAGCCAUCACAGCAAAAGCCAGGUGAUGCGAAUUUAAACAAUGCAUUAUUUUUGGUGAUCAUUGCUUCAAAGGUUCUCAAGCAAACAACAUUGAGCAAUACAGAUCGUCGUUCUAUUGUUGAAUGGAUCCGACAGCUAUGUUGUCAACGACGUACAACACCAAGAGGACAAACUUUAUUACAUCUGAGUGUUGAUCCGCAAACAAACCACAAUAUAACUUACCGGCAAGUGGACAUCAGACCUAUCAUUGUUUUUCCUAAUUUGGCUGCUACAAAGCUUCUGCUUACGUAUGGAAAACAAUGGGUUGAUGUGAACGCCACAGAUGCAAUUCUAGAUGACACUGCUUUACAUCUGGUUUCCCGUAGUUCGAAACAAGAUACAAAUGCGGACUCAUUGACAAUCAUCAAAGUUCUACUUAAUGAAGGAGCCCAUGUUGAUUGCAUGAAUGAAAAUGGUCAAACACCAUUAGCUGUAGCUAAGCAAAGUCAAAUUCAAAAUCUUUUACAAUCAAAACAGAGUCCUCCACGAUUAAAAUGCCUCUGUACACGUUUAGUUGUUGAUCAAAAACUAGACUAUGAACGUUUAUGGCCAGUACAGACACACUUGUACAGUUUCAUAUUGUUACACGAUUACUUGAGACGUAAAAUUUCAAUUUCACAAAUCGAUUCAAACUAG